AUAAAAGACUCCAUAACUCAGAAGACUACAGGUUUGAUGCGAAUGCAGUUCUGGAGGAAAGCUGUGGAAGAUAUAUACUGCAAUAACCCACCACAUCAGCCAGUUGCUGUAGCACUGUGGAGGACCUCCUCUAGGUACUGCAAGGCCACUGUAAUGUGUCUCUGGAGCCUUCGCUUCUGAAGGAGUGAAGAAGCCCAGCUCACUCAGCUUUCUGGUAGGAGAGGUGCUCCAGCCCUUUGAGAGUCCUCAUAGGCUCCCCUGAGCUCCCUCCAAUGGCUCCACGUCUUUCUUAUGCUGGGGGUCCCAGGCCUGGAUGCAGUACUGCAGGCAGUUAAGAGGCAUAACUUGUCUAAAAUGUGGUUCACGAAGAUCAUUGAUGAAAGAGAGAAGAAUUUGGACGAUAGAGCAUACCGUAACAUCCAGGAGCUUGAAGCAUAUGCUGAGAACACUCAGAGUGCUCUCUUAUACCUCACGUUGGAAAUGCUGGGUGUGAAGGACAUCCAUGCUGACCAUGCAGCCAGUCACAUUGGGAAAGCACAAGGCAUCGUUACCUGUUUGAGAGCUACUCCAUAUCAUUGUACAAGACGAAAGGUCUUUCUGCCCAUGGACAUUUGUAUGUUGCAUGGAGUUUCACAAGAGGAUUUCAUAAGAUGCAAGCAAGAGAAAAACGUGAGAGAUGUAAUUUAUGACAUUGCCAGCCAGGCCCAUAUUCACCUAGAACAUGCUAGAUCUUUCAGUAAGAAAGUUCCUGUGAAGGCAUAUCCUGCUUUUUACCAUACGGUUGCUUUAGAUGAUUAUUUAUAUAACAUACGGAAAGUGGACUUCAAUAUAUUUCAUCCAAGCUUACAAAAGAGGAAUACAUUAUUACCAUUGUAUUUAUAUAUUAGAACUUGGAAAAAAACAUAUUAAAAUUUUCUUAGUAUGAA